GUUGCUUUAAGAGAAGGUUUAGUCGGAAUUCUAUAGAUAUGCUGGACACUACGUACGGUUUUGAUGAAGAUUUUGACACCUUUGAAGUGUCUUCCCGUAACUCCCGAGGGAAAGACGAAUCGAAGCCAGGAGUUUGUACUUUUUAUUCUCCAAAAAUGUACCAAGACAAUGAAGGCGGAGCUAAACUGGAGAAGAAUAGGUUCGAGUCUACUAUCAGUGAAUUGAAGAAGAAGACUUUUGUUUCUGCUGCUGAUAUUGAAAGUUAUGGUGAGAGCAGUGUCACUCCGGAGUUCCAGGAGGCGUACAGGCGCUCCAUCGAUGAUCCUGAGGGGUUCUGGGGCGAGGUAGCCCAGGAGCUCGAGUGGACUAAACCCUGGGAACGAGUGCUGGAUAACAGCAACCCACCCUUUACAAAAUGGUGGGUAGGCGGCGAGAUGUCAGUAUGUUACAAUGCGGUGGACCGACAUGUAGCCAGCGGCAAGGGCGACCAGGUGGCGCUAGUGCACGACUCACCCUUGACCGACACCGUCCGCAAGAUCACUUACUCAGAGAUUCAAGACCAGGUAUCCCGCCUUGCUGGUAAGCUGGCUUCUCUAGGCGUGACUCGUGGCUCCAGGGUGCUGAUCUACAUGCCUCUCGUCCCUGAAGCCAUCAUCUCCAUGCUGGCCACCAACAGAAUCGGAGCCAUCCACUCCGUCGUGUUUGGAGGUUUCGCGGCACGAGAGCUAAGGACCAGGAUUGAGCAUGCUGAACCAACUGUGAUCAUUGCAGCCAGCUGUGGAGUGGAGCCUAACAAAAUUGUCAGAUAUAAAGACAUCCUGGACGAAGCUCUCUGCCAGUCAGACUUCCAGCCGAACAACUGCAUCAUCUUCCAACGGCGCCGAGUUCUGGAGUGCACCUUGGAGCCUGGACGUGAUAUCGACUGGAAAGAGGCGUUAGAAGCAGACCCUGUGCCCUGCGUACCUGUAGAGGCCAAUGAACCCCUGUAUAUUCUGUAUACCUCAGGUACCACAAGUGCCCCCAAAGGUAUCCAAAGACCUUGUGGGCACGCAGCUACUCUCUGCUGGUCCCUUCGAACAGUCUACGGGCUGAAGAAGGGCGUGUGGUGGGCAGCAUCAGACCUUGGUUGGGUGGUCGGACACUCCUACAUAUGCUAUGGACCUUUACUCGCUGGAGUGACUUCUAUUCUUUAUGAGGGCAAGCCUGAUAGAACACCAGACCCUGGACAGUAUUUUAGAAUCAUAGAACAACAUCGUGUAAACGCCCUCUUCACGAUUCCAACGGCAUUCAGAGUGUUGAAGCGAGCUGACCCCAACGCGAAGUACGCCAGGAGGUACUGCAGCAAGUCCUUGAAGACUGUCUUCAUUGCUGGAGAGCAUUGUGACCAAGAUACCAGGCAAUGGGCCGAGCGUAUCUUCGGAGUACCAGUCCUGAACCACUGGUGGCAGACGGAGUCAGGGUCCCCCAUCACCGCGCCCUGUAUCGGUUACAACGUGAAAGCUAUCCCACCACAUUCCGCUGGAUACCCUGUUCCUGGAUAUGACAUUCGCGCUCUCAAAGAGGACGGCUCAGAAUGUCAGACUGGCGAGGUCGGCAGACUCGUGGCUAAGCUACCUCUGCCACCAGGCUUCGCUUCCACCCUGUGGCAGGCUGACAAGCGCUUCAAUGAAACUUACUUCUCUACUUAUCCGGGUUACUACGACACACAAGACGCUGGCUGGAUAAGCUCAGAAGGCGCCGUCUGGGUGGUGGCCCGAGCUGAUGAUGUCAUCAACGUGGCUGGUCACCGUCUCUCCACCGCCGCUCUCGAGGAUGUGGUGCUCCGACACGCCAGGCUCGCUGAUGCUGUGGUGGUUGGAGCUCCGGAUCCUACGAAAGGAGAUGUCCCACUGUGCCUCUAUGUUAUGAGGCCACCACAAGAUGAUGAAGAAAUGGUAGCAGAGAGUACAGUCACCCAAGAACUGAUUGCCCUAGUACGACACCUCAUUGGUCCCAUAGCAGCAUUUAGGAAAGCAGUAGCCGUUCCAGCUUUACCCAGGACCAGGUCUGGGAAGGCACUCCGUGGAGCCAUAGCUAAGUUGGCCAGGUCUCAACUUGUCAAACUACCAUCGACAAUAGAAGAUCCAACAGUCUUCGGUGAAAUUAAAAUAGCUUUGCAAAAAUUCGGAUACGCCAUUGACGCACCCGAUCCAGAAUUAUAAUUUAAUAAUGUAGUUAAAAUGAUUAGAAAAAAACUGAUUUCGUUGUUGUAUUUUUUUUUUUGUUAUUUUUAUUUUGUUUUGUCACUGUGAUAGAAACUUGCUUUUUGUUUUUUGAUGUGUACUUACUGUAACAUAUUUGCAUACCAAAUAUCUGUGUUAUGUUAAUGUAAUAAUAAUUUAGGUAAUUUUACAUUUUUGGUAGAUACAUACCUACUUCGCUAUGGCAACCCAGGACAGUUUUAUAUCAGUUUAUCAUCUAUGGCCAAGAAUAAAUUAAACAAAUAUAUAUAUAUCAGUUUAUUGUAAAUUACAAAUGCAUAUUGCGUAUAGUAUAAUUAUUUAAGGGACUUACCUAUAAUGUUUUAUAGUUAAAAACAUAAAUGUUAACAUAUAGUAUAAUACAAAGAUAUAUAUAGAUUAAGUAUAUUUUAUAGAAUUUAUGUUUUCCGAUUUAUAUAUUUUAAGCUAUGUUCCAGUUAUAUUAGUAUCAUAUCUAGGUACGAUAGUUGCACCUUUGUUAUCAUGUGCAUAAGUGCAUUAGGCGGCCCUUACACUUGAAUGUUUUGCUCACAUACCUUGAUUAAUUAACUUACAAUAAAUUUAUGUACUUACAUGUUAAAGAACUUUUAACCUCUUCGUAGUACUUUUAACAACUUACUGAAGUUAUUUCAUUUUUAUGUAAGUAAGUAACUUACAAGUAUAAGAUCGGGUUCAUAUUUAUUUAAAUUAUUUUAUUCUUAGGUUUUAGUCGUAAGUUGAUGAGUGAUUUGUAAAUGAAUGAAAAACGGACAAGGUAUUUUAAUUUGUCAUUAGUUUUAUUUCAUUAUUAAACCGUGUUUAGUUUAUUUAAGUAAUUUGAGUUAUAUUUAUAAAACUUAUUGUAAUUAAAAGGAAGAACUUUAAAAACAGCAUGCCACUAUAUCUAAUUAAUUAAAAGUUACUUAUUGGAUAUAUCCAUAGAGAACAAAUUACUAGCAGAGGUGCCAUAACGAAAAAAUAUCUCCUAAGAAAGUAACGCGCCAAAAUGCUCUGCUCAUCUUUGCUUACUCCGUGGAUAUAUCCAAUGUGUAUAUUCGUUCAAAAUUAUGUUAUUAUAUUUAAGUUCUUCACUUAAACUUGAAUUGGUGUGGUAUGGAAAAAUAUCCUUGUGAUCUUAAAGGAACCUAUAAAUGUAAAGUGUGAAACACCGAAAUACAUUUCUGAUCGCAAACUGAAUUUACAAACCUGUAUUGCUAUUAAAUAUUAUAUUACACA